ACGUGAGGCAGAAACCGAGCGCCACCGCCGGCAAGGUGGCAGCCGGAGAAUCUCGGUGGAGAUGCCGGAACCCCAACCUACCGGCCGGUCGCGCCGGCGGAAAUCACGACGGAGAUCUGGGCCCGUACAACCAGACGCUCCAAACUGGCUGACACACCGAUGCCGAGCGGCCGGCGGCCGGCCGUCCCGUCCCGCCCGCCGCGCGACUACAAAAGGUCUCAGCGCCGUCAGGGCGCUCUGCGGCGACGAUCACUACAUGUGCCGUUUCCAGAAACCCGGAGUGGCCGAAGCUGAAUUUGCCCGACUUGAUUUGAAGCACCUAUUUAAGAUAGUUUUCGGAAUGCGCAGACCAGCAACUCUCAUCCUACCCAAGGACAAGACAUUCUUUGAUGCAAUUGAUUCAGAUGGUACAUGCCCCUCAUGGCUGUCAGAAGAAGACAUUUCCUACUAUGCCGACAAAUUCAGCAAGACAGGGUUUACAGGAGGAUUCAACUAUUACAGAUGCAUCGACCUGGAUUGGGAGCUCACUGCACCAUGGACUGAGGCUCCUAUUAAUGUUCCGACAAAAUUCAUCGUUGGCGACCUGGAUCUUACAUACAACACACCAGGGGUGAAGGAUUAUAUUCACAGGGGUGGCUUCAAAGCCAAUGUGCCGAAUCUGGAGGAUGUGGUUGUUAUGGAGGGAGUUGGCCACUUCAUCAACCAGGAGAAGCCUGAUGAGGUUUCUGAACACAUUUGGCAGACUAAAUUUUGUGGAAUUUUGGAGAGAUUUAACAACCUGAAAAUUCUGCAUUCGAUGGCAGCCUGCAAAACGAGUCCAGAAUUCUUGCUGUCCUUGUGAUUUUUUCCCCUUAUUUUGCUGGGUCCGCCGAAGACAUGCCGACCAGAUUGUAAUAGGGCAGUCCCAAUGGUAUAUAUUAACGUUGGUUUCUGUCCUUAUUAAAUAGCUUGGUAUAUAAGUAAAAUGAUGACAUGACAAUGUAAUUAAUAAGCAAAGAGAGAGAAAAGCUUAGAGCAAGGC